AUGUACGACUUCCCCACCCAAGGACCGCCCGGCAUGGCUUCGGAUAUAAAGCAGCUUAUGCGGGAGGAGAGGAGGGACUCCCAAGAAGAUUCGCAAGAACCGACUUUCGAGGACCAUGCAGUAAACGAGCUAGGCCUCGAACUCGAAUGGUUAUUUUACUCCAGGAAGAGCUUCCUUUUCCCGGAGUUCCAGCGGGGGGUUCACGGCUCGUUGGAAGAUGAGGUAUCGGUAUUACGUGAGGUGUGUAAAGACUUUGGAUGUUCGACUGGAAAUGCAUAUGUGUUGGGGCCGUUGAAUGGCGACCAUUGGAUUAUGUGGAAUGCGGAUUUCAAGGAAGUUGAUUCGAAUUAUAGAUACGACCACAACUUGGAUAUCAUGAUGUAUGAUUUGCCAGACGACGUACGGUCGAAGUUCUUCAGCUCGAGUGCGUCCGGUACUGUUGCUGAUGGUAUGUCGGAGGAGUCGGGCAUUUGUGAUAUCUACCCGGGAGCUGUGGUAGAUGCGAUCAACUUUACUCCGUGCGGUUAUUCGUGCAACGCCUCCCUAGACGACGGCGAGUCCUUCUUUACGAUACACGUUACGCCCGAGGAGUCCUGUUCCUAUGCUAGCUUCGAGACUAAUGUGCGAUGUUGUAGUGAGAAACUAGUAGAAACGAUUCGUCGAGCAGUUGCUGUGUUCAAGCCUGGAAGGUUCUCUCUCACUCAUGUAGCCGAUAACGGUAUCAUCAAGGAGCUCAGGGGCAAGGACAACUUGGGAAUUUUACCAUACGAGCACGGAGUGUUCGAUGCGGAUUACAAGGUUAAGGCAACAUCCACUUACCGCUGGUAG